UUCAGGGAAUUCACCGCCGAUGUUUUUCCAAGCGCGUAUAGGCGCUGUUAUAUUAGAUAAGCGGUUCUUCCCCGCACUAGGUCCAUGUAUAAACCUACCAGCGCGGUCAUCGGCAUGCGUUCACAGACAUCGACUCUUCCACUCAGAUCUACUGCUACUGGUGAUACGAAGCGCAGUGUACUUAAUUGUACACAGCCACCGGAGUAUUGCUUAAACUAAGGCAGGGCUUCUACAUUAAAGCUAACUAAACACCGAUGCCGCUGUUUCAUGACAUCAGUAAAGGCGAGUUGAAGAGAGGCGACCACAUUUACGUGUGGCGUACCGGCUACCAUCACCAUGGCAUCUGGGACGGCAGAAAAGUCAUCCACUUCAGUGGCGCAAAAUCUGGCGACAAAUCCAACGCGACAAUACGCAGAGAUGCCCUCGACGUAUUCCUAGAUGGUGGCAAUCUUAAGAUCUACCUUUACGGUAUGAGCAUGUGGGAUAUAUGGUACGAGAUCGCCGGCACGUCUACAACGCUGGAGAGCGACUCGCCGGAUACGGUGAUGGAUCGAGCGGAGAGCCGGAUCGGAGAUGCCGAUUACUACCUGUUUGGAAACAACUGCGAACAUUUCGCGCUCUGGUGCAAGUUGGGAGAACGCGCCAAGAAAGUGCAAACGCAAACAACCCCAGCUAACUAGUUAUAACGUGUUUUGUAACGUUUAUAUAACGUAAAUGUGUAGGGUUUUUAUAACGUUUUCUAAACGUUUGUAAAAACGUUUUUAUUGUAUUUGUAAACGUUAAACUUUAACGUGAUCAGGUUACUGUCAUCGUGACGUCAUCAUCAACGUCAGCAGGUACAUUGCGCAUGCGCGCCGGCAAGCGGACUGCCGCGUAUUCUUCUAUCAUCGCUAGCAACUUGACCACAGAACU